AUGCUCUCAAAUUGUGUUGUUCGUUACGUUUUAAACGAAAAUAAGCUGAAAGAAACUGACAACCUGUGGAAGGAGUUUCAGAGCCCCGAAGGCGCAAACGAAAUUUUGAAGGAAGUGGCUUUCAAGAAGUUCAAGGAUACGACUGAGGCGCUUCAGGCCACUUGUUCUUUGGCGGACGGUAAAAUUGGAAAAGCGCUCAGAAAACUGUUGAAAAAAUGGGUACUGCCUGAAGUUCAAGAAACGCUGGCGGUUGCUGAUACAAAACUUGCAGCCAUAAUUAAAGUUCGUGCUUGAAA